AUGCCCGGAAAAGUCACCAUCGAAGUCAAAGACGUCGGAAAUUAUUAUGCGGACUGGGGCCGUGUGGACUAUAUAUCUGAUUUGGCAUGGAAACAACGUGAUUGUGUUCUGGCGCUCGGCAAAAACGAAUUCCAUAUGAAAUACACCUCCUUCUUCCUGAAGGCUCGUAAAGUGAACCUAACAAAACUCGACUUCAGAGAUAAAGAGCUCUGGGAGGAAAAGUUAGAGGAGAUGAAAGACAAACGAGUGGCCAUGAUUGCAACAGAUUUAUUCUUGGAAUCAAAGAUGCGAGUUCCGAAAAAUGUUAUCGUCUAUUGGCCACCAGAGGAUCUGAACGAUAUAUCGAAAAUUUUCGAGCUCAUCUACAAGACAGCUGAAGAGAAGAGAAGAACUUACAAAGUUACAUUCUUUGUUUCUGUCAAGGACGAUGCUGAUUACAAGACUGCGCUGAUUGAAGAGAUGGAAAAGAGAAAGGUCAGGGUACCUAGCUGGCUUAGAGAAAGCCUUGUAAAGAGCCUUGAACCAACAAAGAAGUCUGAAGAUGAAAAAUGCGAACGCACGUCUGUGGACUCGGAACUCGAUUCCGCAUCCUCAUCUUCCUCAUCAGAAUCUUCUACUCGGAAAAGAUAUAAUGAAUACGGAUAUAUCUAUGAUCCGAAAUGGAAUAUGUACAAUGGAAUUUUCUCGCAGGCCUUCUGGGAUGCAUGUCGGCCAGGAAACAAGCACCUGAUUCCAAGGAAAGUGAAGCCCAGUUAUUGGGGGACUUACGUUCAAAAAGAGACCUCUCUCGUGAGAAUGGCCGAUGGAUCGUUCCGUAUCCCAAAUCCAUACGAAAAUGAUGAGUGA